AUGGAAGAAAUAGUUCAGCAACAACAGCUAGAAGAGCCUGAAGGAAACGAACAAGUCACUCCUUUGGAAACUAACUUCACAGAACUAGAUGAAGAUUUGGAACAGCCGAAAAAUCUUGACCCUCAACAAGAGCAUGAGGUGAAUAUGGAAUCUUUCCAAGAGUCUAAGAAAGAUUCGGCUGACAUAGUAGAAGAAUAUCGAAAAAUGUUUGCCGACAUACAAAAGACUCCAACACCAGAUGAAAAUAUUCAGCAUAGAAUGGAAGAACUGAAAAAAAAUGUACACAAAUACAACAACCCUUUUUACUUACGAGCAUUUAACGUUCAAUCUUCGGAUGAACUCGGUGAAGAUAAAAGGUUAAAUUUCAAGAAAACAUAUAGAAAUGAAACAUUGUUUAAAGUUCAUUCAGAACCUAGCCAAGAUGGAAACAAACCUACUUUUGUUUCUGCAGACGAUGGAACUACAAUGAGAUGGGGUCAUAAAGCUAACCCGGAUAGGUGGUUCAUAAACUUACAACCUCAAUUCCAAGAAGUUGUAGACGCAAUGGAAGUCAAUGGUGAACCAGAUAUAGCUGGUAUUUUCAGCGCGGCUUUAAUGCCAUUGAAAGAUAUGAAAGAUGCAGAUAUUUUGAACCAGUAUGAAAUGAACAUGGCUGAUGGAAAUAUAACACCUGACGUUCUAGAACAUUUAUCUCAAAGAACUACACAGAACCAUAAAGAUGGUAUAUUUGGUGAAGAGUUUAGAAAGAAAGUUAGGGAGAGAGAAGGAAGAGAACCUAUUGUACAUGACCUUGCAAACGAAAGUUUACAAAAUGUCAUAAAAACUUACUUUGCAGACAAUGAACCGAGAAGGGAUGAAUAUUUAAGAAAACUCAAAUGGACAGUACCAAAUGAAAUGUUAG